GCAUCAUAUGAUAAAAUGAAAUAUGAUAAAAAUACUAUUAACCCGCAAGAUAUACAAACGAUUCAGUUUAUAACAAACCGUAUUAUCUCGUAUUUUGUGGUAAUGUCAUACAUUCUCUUCAGUAUGCAGUACAAUUACUGCAUCUCUAACUUUGGUGAAAAACCAAGCCAUUUGAAAUUGUUUAAAAAUUGAGCAAUUCACUGCUAUUUCAAAGUAUAUUGUGUUAUGUUUAUCGAAUGUCACAGACGGAAAAUGCCCGACGAGUGACGACGCCCGUCCAAAUUGGUUUACAUCGCGCACCACACAUCUAGCCUUAUACGUAAGAUAUCAAUAGAGUAGUUGCAAGCGGUUGCGUUAUAAAAUGCGCAUGCGUAGAAAAUGUAUCCUUCAUGUAUUAAUGUCCUCUAAAACAAGUCGCACAGAGUUAUUCCCGCCUGAACUUAUUUUUCUUCAUUGAAAAAGACAUUUGCCUUACUUUACAGGGUAUUUUAAUUUCUAUAAAUAUAUAAAUCACUUAAAGCUUCGUUUUCAUUUUGUCGGUUACGGAAAUAUGAAUUGGUUAUGUGUGGGAAACGCAACAUUUGUUUCCAGUCGAUUGUGUUUAAGUGUAACGCGUUACAAGCGGGAGGAGUGAAACAUUAAUCAUUUCAUUCGUUUUAAUCCGUUGGUCUGAAACGGAACAGGUGAUCAUUUUAGAGUUAGGUGAGAUGGUGAGUCCCAAGCUGCUCACUCUUGUUAUGGUGGUCCAACCUGGAAGGGUGCUGUUGGGCAUGAAGAAGAGGGGAUUCGGGGCUGGGAAGUGGAAUGGUUUUGGAGGCAAAGUUCAAGAUGGAGAAACUGUUGAGGAAGGUGCAAGAAGGGAACUCAUUGAAGAAAGUGGCCUCACAGUUGAUGCACUGGAAAAGGUGGGAAAUAUACAAUUUGAAUUUGUCGGCGAGACACAGCUGCUUGAUGUCCAUAUUUUUCGGGCUGAUUCGUACAUUGGAGAGCCAACGGAAACAGAAGAAAUGAGACCUCAGUGGUUCGACUGCGACAAAAUCCCUUAUGACCAAAUGUGGCCUGACGACAAGCUUUGGUAUCCGCUGCUGCUGCAGAAGAAAAAAUUCGUGGGCUACUUUCUCUUCCAGGGCCACGAUGUCAUUCUCCGCCAAAAGCUGGACGAAGUGAAGGAGCUGUGAGAUGACAAUGUGUAGCUGUGUAGGAGGUGUCACAUUUGUCAGUGCCUGAUGCUCAGGAAAUAAAGAUUCGGUGGUACUGAUGUGGGAAAUAACCGUUUCUGAAAUUGCCAAUUCCUCAGCAAUUGAAUGUAAAUACUAGUAAAAUCCCAAAUAGAUGACCAAAACAUCACUGCACACAAAUUUGGGAUGGGGCCAAAAACAUUUGUCAAUUUUAUGGAAUUUGAAUGACUGUAAACCCCAGGGCCUGUGUUGGCGAAUUUAUCUUCUACCGUAAUUUCCCGAAUAUAAGGUGCACCCGUGUAUAAUGCGCACCCCAAAUUUACUUGUAAAAUUUGGGGAAAAUUAUUGUACCCGUUUAUAACGCGCACCCUAAUUUUAGCACCAAUAAAUAGAAGAAUACAAGAAAACAGAGCUCGUGUACAGAUACAGAGAUGUCAUUUUACUGACUGGUGAAACACAGCACAAGCAUAGCACAUUGGUAGUUCAAAACAUUACCGUAAACUGACAAUAUUUACGGUAAUAAUAUGAUUUGACAACUUCUCCAACUUACCAGAAUCUAGGAGAAAACAAAACGGAUGUGACUUUUCUUUUAAAGGCUGCUGUAUAACUUGCUCGUUUCCUCAUGAUGAAUAAAUGUUUCUUCCAUGGAUUGAUACGGUAAAACUACUGAACUAUUGUUAUUUGGGUUUGAGUUUCCCGAGGGACCGAUAUAGUUGACGGACACAGGAAGUGUGUGUCCUUACAUUUGUUAUGCUCCGAAUUGUGGAGCUGCAAUAAACGUCGACUCAAAUGAGUUCAAGAAACUAAAUUCUGUGCUUUAUGAAGAGUGAAAAAAGCAGAAUUGAACACAGACGAAAUCAUUCGGCCGAUAGUGUGAAGUAUUACCGAAACAAAAUGGUGAAGUCACGUACCAUAAUGGUCGGCAACGGGUCGCCGCAUACGUUUCUUCAACACAACGUGGCCGUGUCAAUGAAAAAAAAAUCGGUUUACAUAUAUAUGUAAUACAUAGAUAUUUCUGUCUCCAUCCAUGUACCCGUUUAUAAUGCGCACCAUGAGUUUACAAGUUGAUUUUGGGGAAAAAAAGUGUGCGUUAUAUUCGGGAAAUUACGGUAUUCGUUACUUUGAUGCUGAGACCAAAACCCUAAAAUAUUGCUUUUUUUGCCAAGUGCCCAUGUUGAACCAUGUUAAGGGAGCUUUGUGCUGUGGUUUAACACCAAUUUUCAUUGAAUUGCACUGCAUUGAAACCAAAUUGCACUGGAAUGCCACCUAAUGUUUGAGUGGUGUCACAGCAACAACAAAAAAAGCUGCUUAGUUAAAGCAACACUAGAUAACUUUUCAACCUUUAUAAAAUAUUUUCAUAACAUUUCUGAUAUGUCGACUGGCAACUAGUUGAAUGGCACCUCUUUUAUAUCUUUAGGGUGUCUAUCGCUUUCAACAGCACUAAUUUGAGGGAAAAAACAUUUUGCCAACUGCUUUACUGCAUACGGCUUUCGCAAGAGUUCUGCAAAGACGGCAGAGCAACAAAAAAAAAAAAAGUUUUGUCUAAGGGGGACAAAAAGGGAGGCUACCAUAUACAGAAUAAACAUUAGCCCGGCUUAACGUGCCUACAUGAUGCCUCCCUGCCCUCAACUGAACUUGUCAACGCUGACGAAUUCGGGUGAGGUAGUGGGGUUAGCCACACAGUUGCUAACCGUCGUAUGCCAUUGCUUAGCCACAACUGAUUUCAUUACCCUAUUACUAUUCGUGCUUCACACAGCCGCUGGAAACAAAUAUUUUUUAAUCCGUCUGCAGGCGAUUGGGAGAAUGAAUUCUGAUUGGUUGAUUUUACAACACUGUGCAGGUGUGCGCUGGUCCUCAUGGGAAGCGCAGUCUUCCUUGAGGCAAAACACGGCCGCUUUUGUCCACCGAACUCACUAAAAUCGACCAAAACUGAAAAGUUACCAAGUGUUGCUUUAAGCGCUUUAUUCCAGUAUCUCCCAAUGAAGCAACAGAGUUUUCCUAUUGAAAUCAUUCAAUGCCUAAUAUGUAUAAAGUCAUAUGGUGAUCAUUCACUGCCAGUUAAAAGGAGUUGGAUGUCCAUUGAAGUUAAUUAUGUCAGCGAAAAAUAGUUUUAGUAUUGGGUGAUUGAUGAAAAAUAACAAGGUAUUUUCAUUUGUAUUCGUUUAUUUUUCAGAAAAAUAUCAACAUAUUUCAGUCAACUCUAAAUCUGUUUGCCAUAUAGUUCAAACAAAAGACAUGUUUGUGCAGUAUUGUUUGUGCAACUGUAUCCAAGUUUUCCUUUUUCUAAAAGGUGUCAAGUUUCUUUAGGAAUUAAAGUGUUCAAAAGCA